ACAAUAGUGGACGGGAGCAAGCUCCGCUGUUGCUCAGCGGGCCACGGCCGGUUGGCUAGAAGCAGGCGGGCAGCGGCUGGCAAAUCUCCGCAGACCGGCUGCUGGGGGAAAAAAGUGUUAGCCGUCUCUCCCGGAUCUGCAAGGGGGAAAAUUUUUGGAGCCAUAAAGUUGAAAACUUUUUUCUCUCAGUUUCGGAAGAAGCUUUCGUCAGGAAUGGGACUGGAGGAGCUCAGGGGAAAGCCGGCAAGAGGCACAGAAGGAGGGGAGAUUUCUCGCCUGCCGCUCGCGCUGGGGCUCGAUGUGAAUAUAUAUUAUGUCUGCCUGUUCUCCCCUCGUCGGUGGCUAAGGUCAGCCGCUUGGAACAGACCCGGGAGGAGGGGGGCAGAAAGGGGAGGGGGGUCCGGCGUGUCACGUGACCCCCAGGGGUGCCAAUGUCCGGUCGUGAGGGUAUCAGGCCCUUGCAAGUUGCCACCCACUGCCCGGGCCUCGCCCAGCGAUGCAGAAAGCCACCUACUACGACAACACCGCAGCUGCGCUCUUCGGAGGCUACUCCUCGUACCCUGGCAGCAAUGGUUUCGGCUACGACGGGCCUCCCCAGCCCCCCUUUCAGGCCGCCACGCACCUGGAGGGUGACUACCAGCGCUCAGCGUGUUCCCUGCAGUCCCUGGGCAAUGCCGCCCCACAUGCCAAGAGCAAGGAGCUCAACGGCAGCUGCAUGAGGCCAGGCCUGGCCCCAGAGCCCCUGCCCGCACCUCCGGGCUCACCCCCACCCAGCUCCGCACCUACCAGUACCACUAGCAACAGCAAUAACGGGGGCGGGCCCAGCAAAAGCGGCCCCCCCAAGUGCGGUGCCGGCUCCAACUCCACCCUCACCAAACAGAUAUUCCCCUGGAUGAAAGAGUCGAGGCAAACGUCCAAGCUGAAAAACAGCUCCCCCGGCACAGCAGAAGGUUGUGGUGGUGGCGGCGGCGGCAGCGGCGGCGGCGGCGGUGGUGGCAGCGGCGGCAGCGGCGGCGGGGGCGGCGGCGGGGGAGGGGACAAGAGCCCCCCGGGGUCGGCGGCGUCCAAGCGGGCCCGGACGGCGUACACGAGCGCGCAGCUGGUUGAGCUGGAGAAGGAAUUCCACUUCAACCGCUACUUGUGCCGGCCGCGCCGCGUCGAGAUGGCCAAUCUGCUGAACCUCAGCGAGCGCCAGAUCAAGAUCUGGUUCCAGAACCGCCGCAUGAAGUACAAGAAAGACCAGAAGGCCAAGGGGCUGGCCUCGUCCUCCGGGGGUCCCUCUCCGGCCGGAAGCCCCCCGCAGCCCAUGCAGUCCACGGCCGGCUUCAUGAACGCCUUACACUCCAUGACCCCCAGCUACGACAGCCCGUCCCCACCAGCCUUCGGCAAAGGCCACCAGAAUGCCUACGCGCUGCCUUCCAACUACCAGCCCCCUCUCAAGGGUUGCGGCGCCCCACAGAAGUACCCCCCAACCCCGGCGGCGCCGGAGUAUGAGCCCCACGUCCUCCAAGCCAACGGGGGCGCCUACGGGACGCCCACCAUGCAGGGCAGUCCGGUGUACGUGGGCGGGGGUGGCUACGCGGAUCCGCUGCCGCCCCCUGCCGGCCCCUCCCUCUACGGCCUCAAUCACCUUUCCCACCACCCCUCGGGGAACCUGGACUACAACGGAGCGGCCCCUAUGGCCCCCAGCCAGCAUCACGGACCCUGUGACCCUCACCCCACGUACACAGACCUCUCCUCUCACCACGCACCGCCUCAGGGUAGAAUCCAAGAAGCGCCCAAACUGACACACCUGUGA